AUUCUGGCGACUUAAAAAUAUUGGAAUCUAUUCCGUUUUUGCAAUAAAAAAUGAUAGGUACCUAUAGUUCGUAGUUGCUAUUGUUGAUACAAAGUUACUCGCCAUUUCGUCAGUCCGAAUUUCCUACAUCCGAUUUACUACUUAACUAAAAUAUGGCACCAUCAGCUGCGGUGAACAAGAGGGAUAGCGUCCCAUCGACAUCCGAAGAUUUUGAUUUAGAGAAGACGGCCGAAGAAGCGAAAUCUUUGAUUGAGAAAGUCAUCAAAGAUGUGGGCAAAAAAUCUGCAACCAGACAGUUGAUAUUUGGUUCGGCUUCUGGAUGGGCAACUGGUUUUAUUAUGAUGAAAUUGGGUAAAGCUGCUGCGUUCACAGUCGGAAGUGGUAUAUUAGCAUUACAACUAGCCAAUUCAAGCGGUUACAUAAAAAUUGAUUGGGAUAAAUUGACCAGAGGUGUAGAAAGGGUAGCUGAACAAGUCGAAGACAGUACAAGUGACAAAAAGAAAGGAUUAUUGAAGAAGAUGGGACGCUUUGUCGACAAGAAACUAGACAAAGCUGAAGAUUUAUUAAGGAAGAAAGAACGCAAAGCUAAACGUUGGUUUCACCGUAUAUCUGGUGACGAGGACGAGUUUGUUUUUGAAGAGAUUCAUGUAUUUUUAGCAUCUUACUUAGUUGGCCUUUUUCUUGGAAUUUCUUGUGGCAUAGCUACUCGCUGAAACGGUCAUUAAACAAUACACUUUUACACUACAAUUAAAAUCAUUUAAUUUUGUAUAAUUGUUCGCAUGUAUAUAGCAAAGCACUAUUACUAAUAGUUCCAUAUUAAUUAAUUUAAACAAUUUGUCAAUGAGAAGUCAUUUGAUUUUUCAUUUAUUUAUUAAAUAUACAUAAUUAAUAAUUAUAUUGUAUUAUCAUCAUGCUUUAUUUAGUUUAAGUAUUAUUUUGAUACUAGUCAGUUCAAAACGAGUUGUUCCAUUCAUUUAUGUAAUAUUUUGUGAUCAAAUAAAUUAUGAACCUAGACUUUUUAA